CGCGCUCCCUCCCCCAUCCGGUUCGCUUCUUUUAAUGCCCGCUCCUCCGCUCUGGCUUUGCUUUGCAUUUGCCUGCUGGAUCGGCGGUGGGAGAGGCCUACGCCUGAGCUACUGGUCGCUGGAGAGGAUUUUGUAACACCGUUUUCAUAAACUGCGUUCCCCCUGUUUCUCCUGGAUGUUUGGGCUGCAGGACUAUUGCUUGUAGCGUUUUGCAAAUGCAGUCGCCGUUUUCCUUAAGUUCCUUCGUUUCUAUCCAGCGCAGCGGGAUUCCUGCGAAUUGACUGGAAGGGAAUCGCCUCCUGUCUUGAGUACAAUUUUCAACCCGGGCCCCAUACGAUGGUCUCCCUGCUUGUUAGACGGCUGUGGUUUUGUUUAAUUAUAUUCUUGUCGCUAAACUAGUGCUGCUCGGGUUUGGAAAGAUUGGAGGUUAGAGUACGUACAGGUUUUCCCAUCAUAUCCUUUUGCGAUUGAUUGAUUAUGUGCCGUCAAGUCGUUUUCGACUCCUAAAACACUAGUAUUUAAGAACUGUAUUUACAGUCUAUUUUAAAGUUACUGGAUCACGGGAGUGCAGUGAUGAAGAGUGCCCCUUCAGAACGUCACAACCCUCUAGAAGUGAAUUGAUGGAGUCUGAAGUCUAGGCCGAGAAAACGCAUCUGUAUCUGAAUUCGGGUGAGAAUGGAAAUGGAGUUCUCAAAACACCACUGAUGUGGGGAGCUUGGCAGUGGGAAAUUCCCCAGGAAUAUUGAGUGGCAGCUGGCAGCUUGGACUCCAGUGAGGACAGACACAGGGAGUGAAAUGUCAGACGGGUUCUCCUGGAACAACUGCAAGCAGCUGGAGACAUGUCAUCACCACAAAUGACUCAACGGACCGGCUCCUUCCUUUUCCUGCUCAUGUGGGUCUCUUGCGUGUCUGUGACAAGCGGAGCGAAAGAUGUGGUUCCAGAGUUAAGCCCUCAGGAAUAUUUUAGCAGCUUGCAAGCAUCUAAAGCGUCUUUGGUUUAUUUUCAGAAGGGUGUUUCACCAUCUAGUGAGAUGUUCCUGGAACAGCUGGAGAACUCCAGAGAAGCUCUCCGAGAUUAUGGAAUUUCUGUCUUAAAGGUUAACUGCCAAAGAGGAGAAGCAUCCAGCUACUGCAGAGGAGAUAACUCCUUGGGAAAAGUGUAUCUAUUCAGGGCCCAUGUGUUGGUUCGUGAACUUGCCAUAGAUGCCUUGUUCAGCCAGGAUGCCGUUGUGGCAAAUGUACUUUUCGCUCUCCUCUUCAAUGAAGUGAAAUACAUUUCAACACUGAUGGACCUUCAGCAUUUGGAAAACUCUCUGAAGGGUCGAUCCGAUCUUGCUUUCGCAUACGUGCAAGCUAUUGGGACGGCAGAGCACCGAGUCUUGAUGGAGGCUGCGUUUGUUUAUGGUUCCGUUAAAUUUGCCUUAACUACUGAAGUGGCACUUCUGAAGAGCAUUCGCAGUGGAGAGCCAGAUGUGCCAUCUUCAAAACUCUUCUUUUGCCACUGUAAGGUGGCCAUGGAUCCAGGGCAGCCAUGCCACAGGACCCUGAUGGAGCAGCCACUGACCACAUUAAGCAUCCACAAGUUCCUGAAGCUGAUGGGAGAACCGCUGGUGGUGGAGGUUGCAGAAGAUCCUGAAAAGGUUUCCACUACUCAUCUCCAGCUUGGCCUACCACUGAUUUUCAUUCUGAGCCAGGAAGAGACCUUGGAAGCCGACAAGAGGAUUGCUGAAUUUGUGGCCUGGCAGUUGCUGGGGAAAGCAGGAGUCGUCCUUUUAUCAAGGAAUUCUGCUGGUCUGGAUGUGCCUUCCCGAUACAAUGUGGCUAUCAAGACAGUUGAGGAAAAUAUGCCUGUUAAAUACCUGAUUUUGAAAGAUGCAGAUGAAAUUGUAGCGUUGGUGAAAAAUGAUGAGCAGAACAAACCUAGUCUGGAUAAUAAGGAAGAAGAGGUUUAUGAAGAGGAAGAGGGAAUUGAGAAUGAGAACAAUGAACAAGAAAUUCAGGAUGAUGAGGUGGUGGAAUCUGUUGUCCGAGAUCGGAAGCGUGAGCUCCCCCUGGAACAUGUCCAUACCCUGACAGAAGAAUCCUUCCUCUCAAUUCUGGCAGAGACCAACCGCACAGCAGUGCUCUUCUAUGCCAGCUGGGAGGCUGUCUCUCUGGUAGUGAUGGAAUCUUUCCUUGAAGUUGCUGCUCACUUAAAAGGGAUUUCUGAGAUUUCACUUGCAAGGGUAAACUGCUGGGAUUGGCCACAGCUCUGCUUGCAGGAAAAUAUCACUCAGUUUCCUGCCCUGAAGAUGUAUGCAAAAGAGAGGGCAUGGCUGGCCUACUCUGGGAUGUGGGAGACCAAGGAGAUGAUGAACUUCAUUGAGCUAAGCCGAAAUUCUUGUCCAUUGAGAUUGAUGACGCCUGAAGAAGUAGAAGAAUAUUUAAGUGACAAAAUCUCACCACAUUGCAUGGUUUCUGUUCUGGGAAUAUUUGACUCAAGCAUGAGUGAAGCAAGAGAGGCUUUCGUUGAAGCUGGAAGAAUCCUAAAUGGAUAUGUCACAACAGGGAUCUACUAUGAAGAGGAUGCUACACUUCUCUCCCAUAAAUAUAAUGUACCUCUUCCAGCACUUCUGUUUGCUAAACCUGCAACUCAGCAAAGGAAUGCCUUCCAGCUCUCGCAGUAUAACACGCAAGACAUAGUUAAAGUAAUCCGCCAUGCAUUGUUGGAGACAUUUCCAGAAAUCACAGUGGAAAACCUGCCUGAUUACCUCCAGCUGAAGAAACCUUUGCUCAUUUUGUUCAGCGACGGGAUUCUUGCCAAAAGAGAAGAAGAAGAAAUGAAGCGUGUGGCUAUAGGCGACCACCACAAAACCUUUAUUGCUUGCUGGCUAAACCUUAAGAACACACCUGUAGGCAGAAGUAUUCUGAAGGUUUAUUUUGGAAACUUGGUUCCUCCUGUGCCUCUCCUCCUCUGGAUCAACCUUCAUUCUGCAGGCCAUGUCUUUGUUUUUCCUUCAGAUCAGUCAAUUUCUGAAACAAAUAUCCUUGCUUGGAUUGAAAAACUAAAGAUCAAACAAGAAGUUCCAAGGGCUACCUUGUCUGAUGAAGAGUGGAAGCCCCGCCUUCCUGCCUAUGACUUCCUGAGUAUGAUGGAACCCACACUGCCUGAAUUUACUAUUUAUACUCAGGGAAGUAUAAGUACCCAUCAGGAGGAGGUCCUGGGAGAAAAGAAGGCAGAAGCAGCAGUGACAAAGAGGCCCACAGAGGGCUCCACCAUGGAGGAACUGAAACAAAAGAAGCCAACUGGAAGGGUCUUACGAAGAACAGCUCCACAUCUGGGAACAAAGGAGAAGCAGGCCAAGCACCAUUCAGAGUUAUAAAGCUUUCUGGUAACAUCAGAUCGCUGGAUAGUUUUGGAAGUAGAGGAUACGACAAUGCAGAGGUCUAGAGACAACAGUACAUUUCAUAAACAUGUACUGAAAACAGAUGUGUGGCUCUUAUCUGCCCAAAGUUUGGUGACAAAAGUAUAGGUAUAAUAGGCUAAUUUUCUUCUAGAAGGAGGGCUCCUAAAACAGCCAAAAUGCAUUGUCCAACUUUUUAAUAUUUUUAGUAUAUUUCUCCCUUAUGCGUUUUCUUUGGAAGGGAAAAUGACUGAAGAUGUUGAGGAAAAGACAGAAGGGUAACAAAUGGAGGAAGAGAUCAUCUGAAUUACACUUAAGUAAGGCAGGGUGACUGCACAUGCAUGCACGCACGCACGCGCACACACACACACAAAUCUGGAAGCAAUCUUUAAAUCCAAAGAGCUCAGGACUAAUCUGGACAUGAAGAGGAGAAAGAUGUCAUCAGAGAAUCUCUGAGGUUAUUUUAAAGGGGCCAGUAGCAGCUACUAUUGGAAUCCAUCUUAUUCAGAAAUAUUACAAGAUGAGGAAAAAGUUUAUUUGUUAGAUUUUUAUUUUGCCUUUCAUACAAGAGCUCAGGGUGGUAUAACUAGUGCUCCUUCAUCCUUUUUUUUCCCACCACAACCAACUUGUAAGUUGGGUUGGGCUAGUUUCCCCAGUGCCAAUCUCUACUGGCUCUCUUGAAAAUAAGCCCACGUAAAUUUCAAGUCUGCAGAAUUAUCUACUAUUCCUUAAGAAGCUAGCCUUCUGUGUUUUUAGCAGUGCAAGAUUGCUAAUCCACCAGUCCUGUAAAUGCUUGGACCUUACCCGUUCAAUGCAAAGCUGAAACUGUGAAACAGUGGAAUGGUGGGACCAAACAACAGAAGAAUCUGGAAGUCAGUUUAGGUUAUGACAGUCUGGAGCAGCGUUUCUCAACUUUGGCAGCUUGAAGAUGAGGGGACUUCAACUCCCAGAAUUCCCCAGCCAGCAUGGCUGGCUGGGGAAUUCUGGGAGUUGAAGUCCCCACAUCUUCAAGCUGCUGGGUUGUGAGAUGCUGUCUUGAGCAUUGGAGGAGGGGCACAGGAAGGAGGCUAGAGGUGACAGAGUCCUGCAGCCUGACUCCAAAUUCCUGCUGUACUUCCCUGAUUGGUGGAUGCUUUUCCCACUGGCUGACAUGCUAAAGAGGGAGGACAGCAAAGCCGGAGGAAUUGACCACGAACUGUGCCUCUCGUGCAUAAUCUGGACAGCUCAAUUCAGCAGUGAGUCAUAAUAGAGCCAGGAGAAGCAGGGUAGGGAUUUUUUCUUGUCAAAAUACCCUGUGGUCUUUUGGGGUUUUUUUUAUGAAGUGCAUCCAUGGGGAUCCAGGCCCACAGGGCUUGCGCAACAGCUGCUGGCUCAGACAGUGGAGGCAGGCCAGUGGGGAAGGUUGCCUUCCUGGCCCUUUCCCGCUUCUCCAUUAGGUACUGUGGAAAGUAGGAUGCUGGAAUAUAUCCACCCGGGCUUUUCUUAUUUCGUAGAUGUGCUCAGCUUAAUGUUUGUUCUGCUAUCCAGCUGUUAGGCUUUACAGCUGUGGUUACCAAGUUAACAGUGUGAUUAAUGGAUUGAUUUAGGUCCAGGGUCCUCUACAGAGGUUGAUGAGUGUUUUGGCUAAGCCCGAAGCCAGCUGGAUGGAGACAUGCAAAAGGGCAGGAUGCAGUUCCUGAGAGGGUGGCUCCCUUUGACCAGGCCUCUGUUAUUUCCCCUUUGGGGCAGCAGGAGGAGAAUGAAAGCUUAAGGAACCAUGGCUCUCUUUAUAGCCGAAUGUAUGGUGGCUUCACUGAGGGAAGAGGA